AUGAAAAUUAAGCCGAAUCUGAUCCCAAAAACGGGAUCUCUGCAGAAUCAAGCAUUUCAGCAACGUGCAAGAUCCUAGGGCUUGAUCUGGCACCAUUCUCUAUGGUUUUUUGUUUUUUGUGUUAGAAUUUAGAGUAGUCUUUUAUGAACGCUAUGGUUGUCAUUAUAGUCUUAUAAAAAUGGCUAAAUAAAACAAAAUCUGAGUCACAUGAAAGGGGAUGAGGACCACCAGGGUCUCAUUUCUACUGGUCGAUACGUUUCAAACUUGAGUUGUGUGAUAACACAACUCUGCCAACUCUAUUAUUCGCCCUGAUUUCAAAGUAUCAGUGACAUACCGGCUUUCCUGCUACCUAAAAUGUCUUCACCCCCUUGGUUUUGAAGUACAGAGGAAAAGAAAAGUUCAUUAGACAAUGAACCAUCAAUGGGGGCUCCACCUGACAGAUGUGUUGGUAGAGAAUUGAAUUCCUUAAUUUGUUUGGAAAUUCAAAUUAGAAAAUGAUUAGAACAAAGUUAAUUGUGGGCUACAUAAGAAACCAAGGAUUUGAUCUGUGCUCUGCUUUUGAAUUAAUGAUCACAAACUAGGGUUUGAUUUUGUUGAAUUAAUGAUCACAACAUGGGGUCUUGCAGUUCUGUGUCAAAUGGGUACUGCGACGUAGUGUCCUACAUACUAUUGAACUGAUUUGAACUUGGUACUGUCCAAUCAACCCUCUUGUGUACCUCCUCAAACUGAUUUCCCAUGUGGGCAUAUUCAAACUGAUUUGACAGUGAAGAUGUUACAAGUAUAGAUAGAGACCUUCAUGAAGGAAAUCAAAGAAGAGCUCAAAGCCUCAAACUUCCUCUCAAAGUUGAACCCUCAAGGUAGUUGAAUAAUGGUAGUUUCAGGCUUGUAAUUCUUGAAGGAAAUGAAGACUAUGCCACCCAUAAAUCUCCUCCUCCACCUUAUAGCAAAGUCACUUUUAGUUAUGGACUAUUAUGAGGACAUACUAUUCAGGAUAUGUAGGACAAGAAAAUAGGUCCUGCCUUUACGAGUUAGCCAAACAAUUAUACAUAUGUAGAGGCCCCCCAAAGAGAAAUGAGAAUGCGAAAGAUGCCUACCCUCGCAAUGGGCCAUGAGGGCGACUGCUGACUUCCUUAUGAAAAUAUGUCUUUGAAUUGAAGCUUGGAGAUAAAUCCAAUUCCCCAGUGGAGGGAAUACCCAUGGGACCACUUUCUCUACUAUCUCCCGUACCGAACAAUACUAUUAAAAUAGGGUUCUUUGGUGGAUUCAUCUUUUUACUCGUCUUUUUUCAUGUAAAAUAAAAAAUUUAAGCAUAAAAGAUGCAACAACAUCUGAAUAGAAUUAUAAGAAUUUGCAAAGUUUUCACUUUUGAUCCAGUUAUCUAGCUAGCAAUAAUAUAGUUGUUUAUUGAGGAGUGAUACCUUGCAGGAAAGUGCAGAUAAAUGAAUGGAGAAAUUGUCCUCAAGGCAGCCACUUGCAUAGAUAACUCUGAAGCAUAGCCAGUCAUAACAAGUCAAUUGUGGAAGUAAAAAACACCAACAAGGCUUUUUUUCCACAUCAUAAUUGAUUGUUUUGAAUAACAGUUUUCGUCCUUUUGGUUAUUUCCAUUAUCAUGCCACGACAAUGCUUUCAUCUUUCAAAUCAACUUCAUUGCUGUCUUAUUACUCUAAAAUUAAAACGAAGAAAAAAAAAAAAACUUGCAUAUAAGUUACCUAGUUGGUCAUUUUAGUAGAAUCUAAAACUGUGAAGACACCGAUAGAAAAGAGAAUAGGAAAACCAGUUUUUGAAAGUUUGGGAAGUUGUUUUCUUUUAAAACUAUCUUCCUUAGUAGUAUAAAGUUUCAUCCAUUCUUUCAGAAGGGGAAACAAUCUCUUUUGCUUCCUUUCUGCACGUAAUUUCCUGUUUAGUUUUUUCUUUCUGAGUGUUCUUAGCAUAAAAGAUGGGAGAUAUGAACAUCAAGCAAGAUGUCGAGAAAGGUGAAGACAGCACACAAGAAGAGAUAAGGAAGCCACUCAUGCAAGGACAGAAGAAUCUACCUGAUGCAGGUGGAUCUGGUUCCGAAGACCAGACUGACCAAAGCAGCAAAGAGCACCUAUGGAUGGUUUACCUUAGCACAUUUGUUGCAGUCUGUGGUUCUUUCGAAUUUGGAUCCUGUGCAGGUUAUUCAUCUCCUACUCAAACGGCUAUCAGAGAAGAUCUUGAUCUCUCACUAGGAGAGUACUCAGUGUUUGGGUCCAUAUUGACUUUUGGUGCAAUGAUUGGGGCAAUCACAAGUGGACCUAUUGCUGACUUCAUUGGUAGGAAAGGGGCAAUGAGAGUAUCAUCUGCUUUCUGUGCUGCAGGGUGGCUUGCUAUUUACUUUGCUGAGGGUGCUCUGGCUCUGGACAUUGGAAGAUUGGCAACAGGAUAUGGAAUGGGAGUCUUUUCCUAUGUGGUACCUGUGUUUAUAGCUGAGAUUGCACCAAAGAAUCUUCGAGGGGCGUUGACAACUUUAAAUCAGCUCAUGAUCUGUACUGGAGUGUCUGUUGCCUUCAUAAUAGGGACGGUACUAACAUGGAGGGUUUUAGCACUAACAGGACUAGUCCCAUGUGCUGUUGUGCUUUUCGGUCUCUUUCUCAUUCCAGAAUCUCCUAGAUGGCUGGCAAAAACAGGACGUGAAAAAGAAUUUGAAGCUGCACUGCAGAGACUUCGUGGCAAGGAUGCUGAUAUAUCUCUUGAGGCAGCUGAAAUCCAGGAUUAUAUAGAAACUCUGCAACAGCUCCCAAAAGCCAAAAUUCUGGAUUUGUUUCAAAGAAGAUACUUGCCUUCAGUCAUUAUAGGAGUUGGCUUGAUGUUCUUUCAGCAAUUUGGGGGAAUCAAUGGAAUCUGCUUCUACGUGAGCAAUAUUUUUGAGUCAGCAGGAUUUUCUUCCAGUGUUGGAACUAUAACCUACGCUAUUCUUCAGGUCAUAGUGACUGCAAUGGGUGCAGCCCUGAUUGAUAGAGCUGGAAGAAAACCUCUUUUAUUGGUUUCUGCAUCAGGAUUGGUCCUAAGCUGUGUACUAGCAGGGCUUUCCUUCUAUUUCAAGAGUCAUGAAUUGGCACUAAAGGCAGCUCCUGCACUUGCUGUCACUGGCAUCCUGCUGUACAUAGGAUCCUUCUCAGUAGGAAUGGGAGCAGUUCCUUGGGUUGUCAUGUCCGAGAUAUUCCCUAUAAAUAUUAAAGGAGUGGCUGGAAGCCUGGCUACACUAAUGAACUGGUUUGGUGCAUGGGCAAUUUCCUACACUUUCAACUAUCUUAUGUCCUGGAGUUCAUAUGGUACCUUCAUUAUUUAUGGUGUGAUUAAUGCACUAGCCAUUGUAUUUGUGGUCAAGGUGGUGCCUGAAACAAAGGGGAGAACUCUGGAACAAAUCCAGGCUACCAUUAAUGCAUGAGGAAAAAAAAGGAUGGAGACGACCACUAAUUGUUUCUCAUAAUUGUCAUUUGUACUUUGGAAACUUUCAUUCAACUUCUUGAAAUAUGGCAGCUGAUUCGUACCCACAGGUAUCUGAGUUAGUUCCAAGAUCUUGUCAUCAUUUGUA